GCCAGGCAGACGCCCGCGGGGUAGUCGUGUCGGCCAUUUUGUUUUCGUUCGGGAAACUUUACCGAUCUGUUCCCGCGUAAAAAGCAUGGAGUUGCGAUAGUGAUGUUUUUCUUCCAGUGGUUCAGUGUUUGUUGACGGAUUUUUGUGCUGACGAUAUAAACGGCUGCUGGCCGACGAGACAAGUGAAGUUUGCUUUAAAAAAAAAAGGAAUAACACGAUGACAUUUGAACAGUGAAUUCAAAAUGGAGUCUCGUUUUGGCGGUAAAUCUGCGAUGGCUGUGAUGGCCGCUUUUGUGAUCAACUUUUCCGUUUGUCACACCGGCUGGGUGGAUGAACAGGAACUGGUGGACUUCGUCCCGGUGUCGACGGUGGACGUGGAGGCGGUGGUGGGGCGGCGCGCGUCUCUCCCCUGCGACAUCGAGCCCGACACCAAGGAGGACCGCGUCUACAUGGUGCUCUGGUUCCGGCACAGCGGCGGGAAACCGCUCUAUAGUUUCGACGUCCGCGGGCGCUCGUUCAACAAGGCGCUCCACUGGUCCGACCCACUGGCCUUCGGGCGUCGCGCCUACUUCGUGACCAUGUCGCAGCCGUCCUCGCUCACGGUGGAGGCGGUCCAGCUGGACGACGAGGGGCUGUACCGCUGCCGGGUCGACUUCAAGAACUCGCCCACGAGGAACUUCCAAAUCCGGCUCGCCGUUGUCGUGCCCCCCCACCAGCUGCUGCUGUACGACGAGGCGGGGCGCGACGUGGCGGGCGUGGUCGGCCCUCUGGAGGAAGGCAGCAACUUCACGCUGCUCUGUGAGCUGAGAGGAGGUCGUCCGCAGCCGACAUUGAGCUGGCUGAUCAACAACACGACAGUGGAAGACCACACGGUCCUGCAAGACGACGGCAAGGUGAUCGUGAGUCGGGUGAGCGUGCGCGGCGUGGACCGCUCCUGGCUGAACACCACGGUGAAGUGCCGCGCCACCAACACCGCGCUGCUGACGCCGCACGAGCGCAGCGCCAGGGUCGAGAUGCACUUGCGCUCAACAUCAGUCCAGAUAGUCCACAAGCCCGCCCAGAUGUCUUCAGACUCGGAGCUGACCAUCUCUUGCGUGGCUCACGGCAGCCGCCCGCCCGCCCAGAUCACCUGGUUCAAGGACAACCGGAAGUACACCAGAGGGAAGCACACCGAGUUCGUGAACGAGACGACGACAGUGGCUCAGCUCACCAUGCUCCCUCAGCCUGAAGACGACGGCGCCACCAUGCGCUGUAGAGCCGACAAUCCCGUGUUGAGGACCGGCAUGGAGGACCAGUUCCGAAUGGUUGUCGUUUAUCGUCCAGUGCUGGCGAUGUCUCUGGGCUCCACGCUGAACGCCAACGACAUCAAGGAGGGCGAUGACGUGUACUUUGAGUGCAACAUCAGAGCCAACCCGAAGGAGCAUCGGAUCUCGUGGUACCACAACGAGCAGCAAGUCAGCCAGAACAUGUCGUCAGGGGUCUUCAUCAGCACCAAGUCGCUGGUGCUGCAGCGGGUGACGCGGCGGGACAGCGGGCUGUACAGCUGCCGAGCCGCCAACCAGAUGGGCGAGGCCAGCAGCCAGGCCGUCUACUUGAGGGUGCAAUACGCGCCAGUCUGCGCGCACCCCUCCCCCGUGCUGAUCGGGGCCCGGCUGGACGAGCCGCUGCGGGUCAGGUGCUCGGUGACUGCCGACCCCGCCGAGGUCGCCUUCUACUGGCAGUUCAACAACAGCGGGGAGAGCUUCCAGGUGUCACCUGCUAGAUACGUGUCAAUGGGAGGCACAACGAGCGAGCUCCGAUACAGAGCUGCCAGCGAGAGGGACUACGGGGCUCUCCUGUGUCAAGCCACCAACGCCGUGGGCAAGCAGGCCCGGCCCUGCGUGUUCCAGAUUGUUCCAGCCGCGCGUCCAUCCCCACCUCGCAAUUGCACCGCGAGCCGGGCGCUCCGCGGGCCCGAAGCCCUGCUGUCAGUGCGUUGCGUCGCCGGCUAUGACGGAGGCCUGAUGCAGCACUUCACGCUGGAGGCUGUUGGAGACGAGAGCAGAGUCCUGGCCAAUGGCAGCGCGGGGGUUAACGACCUGGUGGUGUGGCUGAACGUGACCUGGUCCCUCCUGGAGACGCUCACGGAUGAGGAGGUGCUGGCGGUAGUGGCCAGGAACAAGAAGGGCGCCUCGGACCCCGUGCUGCUGAAGGACCUGGUCUUUAGGGACGCCGCUAAGAGGACUGAAGGUACAUCGCGCGCGUCGACACGGUUCCCGGCGGCGGCGGCGCUCGCGGCGCUGGCGGCCGUGUUGACGGCGGCCGGCGCCAUCGUCGUGCUGGCGUUAAGGAAGAGAAGCGAUCCAAUCACGCAGAGCAAGCGUCCCUCGCAGAGCGUAGUGCAAGUGGACGCUCAGGGCAGACGGUACCUCAUAGCGUACCCGGCGCCAGCGGACAAACUGGACCCCAAGCCGGACAUACUGGGGGCUAAGACUGAGCCGGACCCGCCUCGCGUGGUGCUGGAGUCCAGUGACAGUAAGACGUACAGCAUCAGGGAAGUGAAGCCUCUGGAGGGGUACAGCCCGCCGCCGCCGCCCGACGAUGUGGUACCUCAAAGGUAACAAAGGGGACCGGAACAAAAAGAUAACUUCGUGUAAAUAUAUAUCUGAAAGACUAUGUAAAUUCCAAAGAUUGCCAACCUUACUUUAAGAAUAGAUAAAAUUAAAUAAGUAACAACCUAAGAGUAUAAUUAUUAAUAAGUAGUGAAAAUCAAAAAGUCAAAAUCUUCCACUAAUGCUAUUAAUAUUUGAAUAUUCGUUAUUAAAUCACUCUGUAAUUUAGUUUUGUAAGAAAGUUUGUAGUACUUAAUUUUAUUUAAAUUUUACCUAUAAGGUGAAAAGUUUACGUUUAAGUUAAAAG